CAACUCCUCUAUUCUCUGUUUACUGCUGCUAACUCUCCUCAAGCAAGCUGCACUUCCGCCCUCAACUUGCUCUCCUUGCCGGGUCACUUCACCUUCUUCCCUGUUACUUUCACUGUGGUCAGCAGCUCAUCUCCGCUCCUCCCCGUCUACACUUCUCUCUGCCUUAUCUGCACGAUCACACAGCUAUUUCACAGUCCUUGUCCUGAUCACACCAAUAAGAUGCAACCCAACAAUAAGCUUAACACUUGUAUACAAAUUUUGGACAAGGCACAGAAAGAUGUCCAUCUUUUACCAAAUCUGGUAUCCUCAGAAACUGUUAAAAAUGCAAGAAACAGCCAAUCAAAAUAUAAAAACAUUCAAGUGGUCUAUAAAGAUAAUAUCACUACAAUCGUAAUGAAGCGGCCAGAGAAAAAAAAUGCAUUAAGUAUGGAGUCAUAUAAAGAAAUUUCUGAUGCUCUAGAGGAAGCCGGAAAUGAUGAUUCAGUUAUCGCUGUGUUAACAGGAUAUGGUGAUUACUUUAGCAGUGGCAAUGAUUUAAAUAAUGCUCUUGGAAGAAUCAACGAAAACCUGGAGGACAUGAUAAAAGAGUCAACAAAUGUUGUAAGGGAUUUUGUGUGUAAAUUCAUUGACUUUCCAAAGCCACUUGUGGCCAUGGUGAAUGGACCUGCUAUUGGUAUUGGUACAACAAUUCUUGGCUUAUGUGACCUUGUAUAUGCAUCUGACCAGGCUACAUUUAACACGCCUUUCAGCAAACUUGGCCAACAUCCAGAAGCAUGCUCUUCUUAUACCUUCCCAAGAAUAAUGGGCUUGACAAAGGCUAUUGAGGUAUUACUUUUCAACAAGACGCUAACGGCUCGUGAAGCUUGUAACCUUGGACUGGUCACUGAAGUUUUUCCUGACAGUACCUUUCAGCAGGAAGUUUGGGCAAGGUUGAAAUCUUAUGCCACCUUUCCUAAAAAUUGUCUGGCUCUCUCGAAACAGUUGGUUCGCAGUGUGGAUAAAGAGAAACUUCAUGCUGUAUGUAAAAAAGAGAUGGAACUUCUCACUAAAAGAGCAAACUCUGAGGAUUCGCUUAAUGCUAUACAACAAUUCUUCUCAAGAAAAUCAAAGAUCUAAUUUUUUUUCCUUCUCAUUUUUCCGAAUAAAAUGUCUAGAACAAAUACACACAAAAUAUUAACGGGAAUUCUUAAUUUCAGUUCUGAACAAGUUUAGUGUCACAAGCUCUCACUUCUCAUUUCCAAAGACAGUUUUAUUUUGUCAUAUUACAGACAUUAAAUACAGUUGUCGGCAUACGAUGGAGAAAAAAAUCAUACAUUUCAUUACAAUUUUUUUUUUUUGACCAGUCUUUUGGACUUGCAAGGCUGCUAUUAGGGAUGAGAGUUUUUACGUAACUAAAAUUUUCGGUGCAAAUCAGAACAUUUGUCCAAUUUCUUUAAAAAAGCAUUAAAAUUAAUAGUGAAGAAAAAAUGUAAAGAGCAUGUGGAAAAAAAAU